AUGCCGCCAGCAAACCUAACCUCCCUCCCUCCAGAGAUCGCAUGUGUGAUCCUUACCUGGCUCCCAGAUUUCACCAACCUCUUCUCUGCAAUCCAAUCUAGCCACUUCUGGCAUGAUGUCUUCAUCACAGGCAAUAACGGCCGGUCUAUCCUACGCUCCAUCCUCCAGCGAAAAUGCUCUUCACUGGAGCCGCGCAAGUAUGGCAGCGUGCUCCGUGACCUGUUUGACAUCGUGCGCUAUGCUGUUGUGCCCAGGACCUGGGCGCGGGGCAUAUUCGAAGAGUGUUGGGGAUGGUUUAUGGAGCGGGACAUGGAGGAGAUGCUGAUUCCCAUUGGCAUGGCGCUUGCGUGGUCGAUUGCUACUGCUCCUGUUCCCGCUCCUGCCCCUGCUGUUAUUUACUCACCAGAAGAAGAGCAGCAACAAGAGCAAGGCCAGGAACACGCGAAAUCAAAGCACCUGGAUGAAGCCAUCGUUCUCCUCGAAGAUAUUUGGAAGGGAUCCAUCCCGUUCGGAUGGACCAAUCUCCCCUUUUCUUUUGAAGAUUUUCCCCUAAGGGAUGAGGGUGUCACGGCGCCAGCAUGGCCCUUGAUGUACCCGCUUGCGGCGUUACUGGUGAAGCUCCUUGAGAAUAGUGAUGUUCGGUCGCCAGCCAGGGAGGAGAUCCUCAAGAUGCUGAGGCCACGCUACGACGAUCUCUACGUCGCUGUCGUCGCGGGGAUCGAUAUAUAUAUUGACACCAGGACUUACCAAGACGGCCAUGAGCACUUGGCUAGGAAUGGGGUACAGUUUAUGAAUGACCCGAGACAACUCUCUCAGGGAGGGCUCGGAGGAGAUGGCAGACUUCGAUAUAGUGCUAGGCCUGCGGGCAAUUUGUUCAUGUUUUGGAUGAGAAUUAGGUGCCGGCCCAGAUUCCUGCCUGUUGAUGGGUUGUCCGUUCGUUGA